GUAGAUCCCAGCAUGCUGUGGCUAUAAAACAGAGCAAAAACACAAGUCAACCCAUUACAAUUUCGAUUUAAUGCACUGCAAAACAUGCUUCUAAAUAUUCUGCGGGCUCCCAACAAAAUUAUUCGUGCCGGGAUGCAGCUGCCACAUGGCCCCACCUCUGCGCCGUGCUGCCGACAGCUCAGUCUCGAACCCACGGUGAGCCAAAUGGUGAGCCAGCUGAGGAGCCAGCUUAAGGAGACGCGGAUAUAUCUACAGGAGCGGUACUUCAUGUGGAAGCUGCGCUACCUGCUGGGGCCGGACUUCAGCAAGGAGGAGUUCCUGGAGGGAACGUAUCAGGCCACCGCUGCGAUGCUGGAGGCGGUGCGUCGCGUCGACUGGCGGAGCAUUCGAAACUUUUGCACGGAGGAGUUCGCCCUCUCCAUGUACAUAAUUGCCCAGCGGGAGAGUGUGUACGCUAAUCUGAUGAGGUUACAGGCCGACGACGUAGAAGUAUCACAGCCCGUGACAUUCAGGAGGAAAAAGGGCCACAAUGGCCGAAGUUUUGUGUACGUGGAGCUGGGGAUUGUGGGAAUGCGCUUUGUGCGCGUCAAGCCGGAUGAGCUGAUGGAGAUUUCGGGCUUGCCACUGACGGUGCCGUCCCACCAACAGAUUCUCUUGGCCACCUUCAAAAUCGCAUUCCGCAAGGAGCUGUCCGGCACAGACGGUAGCUGCCCCAAAGAUGAGGCGUGGCUCUUCAACUCCUUCAGGCUGCGCGACAUGUCAUUGAUGGGCUUCUGCCCCCAAAGUGGCGAAUGCUGGUUCAUUCGUCCCGUCAAACCGUAUUAGAUAUAAUCGAUUUGUGUCUCAGGUGUAACCGGUUUUCUUUUUGUUAAGCAUAACUGCAGUCACGUGCCAGUUCAACGAUCGCCCGAAGACUGUCGACAACAACUCUGAAAUAAUCAACGUUAGCCUCUCGCAAUUCUACCUGUAAUCACGUAUGUUCUCUCAACUGAACUGAAACUGAGAGCUGAGAGUGCUCUGUUCUUCGCUCUUCAAUGAUCGCAAACGAACUAAUCGAAUUCUGGGGCAACGGGCCUCAUUUAUGGCAUUCCGUCGGUAAUCGGUAAUCAGAAAUGUUUCAAAUUGUUGUGAAUUUGUACUUUACAUUGCAAAGUGUAAAGAUAGUAUAUAAAUACCUUCCAAGACAUGCACGAGUCCGCCAAUCCAUAUGAUUUAUGGCUGUACCCCAAUGGAUAGGGAAAAUCGAAUACAAAGUAUUCAUAUCGAAUACAAACUGAAGUCAAACUCGCAUGCAAGUUUUAGUCUUUAAUUGUCUGCACAGAAUAAAUCAAAAGAAUAAAGAAUUUUAA